UCUUGUGAACGAAUUAGAGUGUGUUUGGAAAAUUGUAUUGUAGAAAAAGAUAUUCAAACUUUCGUUAAAGAGUGCGCCACGGGAUCGGAAAUACCAGGUGAAAAUGGGACUCGUUAUCGGAAAGCUUCUUAUGAAAGAACUUCUGUAGAACGUGUAUUACCCCCAAGCACUGACAAACCUAUCGGAAGUCCUCAAAGCACAAAAAAUGCCAAUUAUAAUUUGAUUUCAACAACUAAUUCAAGUCAAUCUUCGCAAGGAACUGGUAUGAAUUAUAAAAGUCUAUACAACUUUCUUCCGUUUGAAAAAAGCGACAGGGCUUCUAUGUACGCCAAUACAUCAUCUGCGUCACCACACGGUACAAUUAAAGAUUCUGCACUUCCACAAACUCCCAUUGAGGAAGUAGAAGAACCUGAUCCUAUCGAUCCAGGGCAACAAACAAUCCUUGCGGUUGAAAAUGACAUUAAAUCGAAUUUUUCAUUUCCAAUAACAAAAACAUCUGAAUCUGUUAAAGAUGAGUCAUUUAUAUCUCCAACAACUGUUUCUCAACUAAAUAAUCAAAAAUCCGAAUAUGAUUCGAUGGAAAAGUCUCGACCUUCAAUACCUGAUGAUCAACCUAUUGAUUCGAGCUCGCAAGUUCCUGAGACUAGCUCAUCACCUCUUACAAAUGUUCAACAUCAAGAAAUUCAAGAAAUUCAAGCACACAGACAAAGUUCUCUACGAGCACUUGAGGGUGGUUCUUCACAAGAUUUUCAAAGACCAUUUUCUUCUGGUCCGGGAGAUUUACGACGUCAAACAUCAACUCCUGUUAUCGGAUCAGGUUCAUCACAGCAAAAUAUUCAAGGUCCUGGUGAUGUACGAAAGCAUCCCAUAACACAAUCACCACGGCUUCAACAUAUUGCCCAACAAUCCAAUUAUCAACAUAAUGAAUCUCCUAUUGAUGAUUUGGCAAGAUCAAGUACGAUACGAACCGCAUCUAGCUCUG